UCAGAGUCCCCCACCCUGUGAUGCGACACCAGGUUCGCAUUAUGUGAACCCUCUGACAACCCCUCAGGUAAUAUGUAGCACACAACACGCUUGUGCGAUGGAAACGGUCGAAGAAACGCCCUUCGUAUAGUACACAUCUGCUCUUGAGGGAACUCAUGUGGCAGUUCGUUGGAAGCAACCGUAGCGUACGGAUCGAACGCAUUUCACCAUUGGACUUUGCUCAACGGAGUCGUCGACUUUUCGAAUAAGUUAUGAACAAACUUUUUUACCGCUACGAAGGAAACUUUGGACAAACUGUUUCUUACCAUUUUUGUGAAUAUUAAAAAAAAAUAGUUGAGGAAGAUUGAAGAUUGAGGUAUCUUAAAUCGUGAAAGCAAAGAGAAACAAAUUGAAAGAAGAAAAUGUGCAGGGCAAAUCAUAUCUUGGGCCAAGGCAUCGUCUUACCACCUAGGCAAACAGUAACAUUCUCCCUGGAAACUUGGACAUCGCCUACAUACGUCAGCAGCGCUUUCCUGAUUCUCAUCAAUCGAAGAAACAAAUCUGUACAGAAAGUGAACAACAGCAACUAGAAAUACUAAAUGCGCGUGACGAUCGUCGCGCACUUCUCAAUAAAUACUCGUUCAUUUACAUCCAGUGUCGCACGCGGACUGUUAAAGAUAGCGUGCCUCGCGAAACUAAGUGAAACGGCCACCAAGCAAAGUUGCAACCUAGAAAGGUUAAAAUGAUGAAUCAAAUAACUGAACUAACUCCCGUGCAUUGUUACACAAACCCCUCGUUUUGCCGCCAAUCGGAAUACAUACCCGAGGAUCGUUCCGAUGACUUACCACCGCCACCUCAAUUUCAAAGUGGUGACGAUUUACCACCCCCACCUCCUCCAUUGCAAUUGCAAUGCAACACCGGUCAAAGUAACCCUGCGUUUCAAGAACCUACCGAGGGUAGAAUCGAAAACAGCGACGGUAAAGACAACAGAUAUGGUUACCUCGAGAAUAACAGCAGUGCUGCGCAUCGAAGAUAUGGAAGCGUUCCAGUGGAGGGACACCGCGCGAUAUACAGCCAAAGGUCAAGGUACGAGUACAUACAGGACGAGCAGAGGGAUCAGAUACAGAGGAGGGGUUCUUUGAGGUACGAGUUCAUUCCACACCAGCAGGUGCAACAACGUUCUGCACCGGCGACCAACCAAGACGAUGGGAGGCAACUGCAGAUGCAAAGUUGUCGGAACAACGGCGGUAGAUACGCCGUUGUACCGGGUGAUCAGGAUUACCAGGACGAAGAAAUCGAGUGGAACAGCGCGAAGCACGUGUCGUCGGUGCGGAGUCAUAUUAACACACCACAGGGUCGUUAUACCAGAGUGCCUUUGCAAGAAGAAGACCCGCCAGCUCUACCGGAACGAAACGCCCAGGAGCUGUCGGUUUCCCCGAGAAAUAACUUAGCCACGCAAAAACUGCACGAGAUAUUGACUACUCCGAGGAAGCCUCGAUCCAGGUCCGAGGAGAGAACUCUAUCUCCAAAGAGACAACAGUCGUUCAAUCAAACCGGUACACCACAAAGAAGAGCACUCACACCAGGUGGUUCCCCGACUGGUCGAACGUUCAGUCCUACUCGUUGCACGCCUCAAGGAACUCCACAAAAUCGUACCUUCUCCAUGAGACCUCAAACAUCCACCCCGAACAAAGAGCCAUCGGCACGAAGAUGUCUACCGUUAUUGGAAAACCCGACCCGACAACAGGAACUCUGCCCGGCAAGCAACUGUGGAAGACUACGAUACGUUGGCACGGCACCGAUCGACCUUGUCACGAUGGGUCACGGUGAUCCACCGCCUCGUUACGCGUACGUGGAAAAUGGACCAGAAUCUAUGCCGAUGGUGUCCGGUUCACCUAGGUAUCAAGUGAUACCUACAGGACAGAAAAGGAACGGAUACCACAGCGUAGAAAGUGCUUUUAUUGCUAGAACCGCGGUGGUACCACCACUAUCACCACCCAACAGUGACGCAAAUACAACCUUGGCCAGCGGCUUGGAGAAAAACAACAGAAAAAACGCGCCGCUCUUAUUAGUUUUGGUUGGUAUUUUAACCUGCGGUUUGGCCCUGUACUUGUCCUGGACGCAUGGAAGAAGAUAUUAUUACGACAGUGCCGCGGGUUGCGGCGUCUGCUGUGCCUUAGCUGGUGCCUGUAGGUCGUUACGAAAGGCUUGGACAGGACUCGGGCUUGCAGGAUUAUCGGCACUGAGCUGUGCAGGACUUUUGCUACUUGCUGCCAAAUCCCCUAAAUCUGGCACCCCUCUCCACGAUGUCACGGCCGGUGCUUUGUGUGGAGUUUCCUUACUAGGUGCUAUUUUGGCGUUAUUCGCGCUUCUGUCACCAAGGUGCAAUUUAGGACGACACAGAAGGGUGCAUUCUUGGAUUCCUCGGCUUUCACCCUAAUUUUCACAUUCAGAUUGUCUACUCGCGUGUUCUCGGUAUAUACAGAAUAUGAUACGCCUGGCGAAUUUCAACAAUUUGAAAUUAUGUCAGGGUCAAGGUCCUCGGUGAUUUUGCCAAUACAUGCAACCUCCGCUUGGCCUUAGUUUCAAUGAUAUACGUAAAGGUAUUUUCGAUUCUACAUAUACUUCUAAGGUUUAGGACAGAUUUAACAUAGGUUUGCGGUAGAUUUUGAUUUAAAAUAUUUGUAAUUUAGGGAUGCAGUAUUCAAAAUACUUUUGCGUAAAUCCUUGAAACCAAAGAUGGCUAUUACAUAUAUUGGUGGAACGUACCUCAAAGUCACAAAAAUUGUUGAGCUGUAACCUGUUCUUUAUUCUGUAAUUACAAUUAUCUUUACGCAGUGAAAUAUUGUCUGACCAGGCAUAGAAAUCCUAGUCUGCUGUUUUGCCAAGAAUAUUCUGUAGGACUAACGUAGGAGAAAUAAAUAUAAUGUAAGAAAACGAUUCAAGCUCGUUACGUAUUGUUAUGCGAAGUGAAACAAAUUGAUAAUAUGUGCUCCCAACAAUUACCCAAGUACAAUACUUUCUA